AUGUUUUGCCGCUAACUUACAAGGAGAUUUUUUAAUGCUAAAUCUAGGGAACCAAUUGAACCACCUUAUCUUGAAUUGCAAAGAGAUUUCCUUGAACCUGCAGAAUUUUACUAAGAAUUGUCAAAACAUGGAGUUUCAUUUUACACAGGAGUUCCUGAUUCUUUAUUAAAAGACUUCUGUGCUUAUGUCUAAGACAAUGCUCCUCCAGGAUAACAUGUAAUUACUGUAAAUGAAGGUACUGCUGUCUCCAUGGCUGCAGGAUAUUAUUUGGCAACUAAAAAGAUUCCUUGUGUGUAUUUACAAAACAGUGGUUUGGGGAAUAUUGUGAAUCCUUAUAUGUCUUUAGCUCAUCCCAAAGUCUAUGGAAUUCCAAUGUUGUAUUUAAUUGGAUGGAGAGGAGAGCCCGGAAAAAAGGAUGAGCCAUAACAUUUAGUCUAAGGCAAGAGAAUGAACGGCAUUCUUACUGAAAUGGGGAUACAAUAUGAUGUAUUACCUGAUUAUAUCGAAGGCGCUGCAGAGGUUCUUGAUACAGCCUUCUAUUCUAUGAAAACUAGAAAUGGACCUUACGCUUUACUUGUUAAAAGGUAAUGCUUCACUAAUUACAAAUUACAGAAUGCGGCUAAAAAUAACUAUCAGUUAACUAGAGAAGAAGCCUUAACUGAAGUUAUCUAAAAUACUCGUCCUUUAGAUGUGUGUGUUAGUACCACAGGGUUUUUAAGCAGAGAACUCUUUGAACUAAGACAACGUCUCAAUUAAACUGGAGAAUAGGAUUUCCUAACAGUUGGAUCGAUGGGACAUGCAUCCAGUAUUGCUCUUGGAAUUGCAUAAGUCAAGAAGAGUAGACAAGUGUAUUGUCUAGAUGGUGAUGGAGCCAUGUUGAUGCAUCUGGGUGCUUUGGCUUAAGUCGGUAGUAUUGGUCCAACAAAUUAUAAACAUGUCUUGUUCAAUAAUCAAGCUCAUGAUUCUGUUGGUGCUUAACCCACAAGUAAUCCUUCAGUGAAUUUUACACAAAUCGCUUUAGGAUGUGGAUACAGAGAUGCCUUCCAAGUGUAAACUAAAGAGGAGAUUACAAAAGGAAUGGAGAGAUUAAAUCGAAAUGAUGGUCCCAUUCUUAUGGAAGUCUUGAUCAAACCAGGAGUCAGAAAGGAUUUAGGUAGACCAACAACUACAACAUUCGAAAACAAAGAGAAGUUCAUGCAUUUCUUAACAUAUUGAUUCAUUCUAAAAAUCUGAGUUAUAUAUUAUCAAUAGAAAAUUCUCUUGU